CUAUCUACAAACAUACCGUAUCAAACAGAGAUGUUCUUGCAAAACUAGAAAUAUAAAGAUCCCCCAGAUGCACGCUGUCCCUGUGACAGAGACAGCGUAGGAGAUGCAGUGGUACGUCGUCGCUUCGCUCCUCACCGUCCUCACCAGCUCUCAGGGAAUUUUGACAACACUGUCACAGAGUAAUGGGGGAUAUAAAUAUGACUAUGCGACCGUUCCUUUUCUUGCCGAAGUGUUUAAGCUUCUUGUAUCUAGUGUUCUUCUUUGGAGAGAAAUCAAGAGAUCACCGCCUCCAAGGAUGACUACGGAAUGGAAGACUGUUCGUUUAUACCCUAUUCCAUCUAUCAUAUACCUUGUCCACAAUAAUGUUCAAUUUGCUACCUUGACAUAUGUGGACACAUCCACAUAUCAGAUAAUGGGCAAUUUGAAGAUUGUGACGACUGGAAUUCUAUUCAGGCUCUUCUUGAGGAGGAAACUCUCUAAUUUGCAGUGGAUGGCAAUUCUUCUAUUGGCUGUUGGAACAACCACAAGCCAGGUCAAAGGCUGUGGAGAGGCUUCAUGUGAGUCCCUUUUCUCAUCACCUAUUCAGGGGUACAUGUUGGGAAUAUUGUCUGCUUGUCUUUCAGCGCUAGCGGGUGUUUAUACAGAAUUUUUGAUGAAGAAGAAUAAUGACAGCUUAUACUGGCAGAACGUUCAAUUAUACACGUUUGGUGCAAUAUUUAACAUGGCACGACUCCUCGCGGAUGAUUUUAAAGGUGGAUUUGAGAAUGGACCAUGGUGGCAACGAAUUUUUAAUGGAUACAGUAUCACAACCUGGCUGGUGGUGUUUAAUCUGGGGUCCACUGGGCUUCUGGUUUCAUGGUUAAUGAAGUAUGCAGACAAUAUUGUAAAGGUAUAUUCAACGUCAAUGGCCAUGCUAAUGACAAUGAUUUUAUCUGUGUUCCUCUUCAAUUUCAGGCCAACAAUGCAGCUCUUUUUGGGUAUCAUCGUCUGCAUGAUGUCACUACACAUGUAUUUUGCCCCACCAGACAUGCUGCUAGGUUUGCCUUUGACUGUAAAAGCAUCCCCUGAGAAUGACAUUGAAGUUUCUGUCGAUCGGAAAACAGAUUCCUGAUAAAUCAUCUUUCAUCAAAGUAUACAAUUCUUUGGUAUGUUAUCAUUCAAAAGGAAAAAAAUUAAUGAUAGGUUAUUCUUUUAAUAUGUGAAAUUUGUUUGAUCUAA